AUGUCAAUUAUUCCAUUGUGGCCAAAUUUACAGCCCAGAGCAACAGAUCCUCUGUGGUUUAAUGCCGAUAGACCUUGCGAUGACGAGAGCGAGGUAGCUGCACUUGAAGCUGAACAUCAAGCGUGGUUCAGAGGAUCAGAAGAAGAGGAGGAAGAAGAGGAAGAAGAAGAAGGUGAAGGAGAAGAAGAAGAAGAGUCAGAUACACAUGAAGAAGAGGAAGAAGAAUUAGAUGAAAUUGACAUGGAAGUGAGUUACUCGCAUCAACAACAGACAUCAAGUCCAACAGACACAGUGACAGAUCCAGUAUCUAUCAGAAUGAGGCCAACGUUAACAUUGGCCCGAAUAUUGGCCAGUGGCCCCCGUGUGUGUGGUUCACCGUGCGCGGCAUUCGGCAACCGGCACGGUAGUCAGCCUCCUUCCUUGGCUUUAAAUCUGCCGGUUAACCGUCAGAACGAUGUCGUUGACUGA